AUGCCAAAAUCUUUUCAGGAUGGAGCUGAAUUAAUCAGCUUGUUGGUCUUAUUGCUUUUCUCUGGUGUCAAUUCGCAAAUUCCAUUGGGUUCGAAAAUUUCGGUCGAGGAAAACAAUUAUUGGCUUUCCUCAAAUGGAGACUUUGCAGUUGGGUUCUUUAAUGUAUUGAACCAAUAUAGUGUAGGGAUCCGCUUCAAUUCAAGUUCAAUUCCUGUCAACAAUCAAAAGGUGGUUUGGGUAGCUGGAGCUGACCGUACAGUUGGCAGCAAGUCAUAUUUCCAACUUACUCAAGAAGGCAAUUUAGUUUUAUUCGAUUCUCUCACGGGAGAUAUUGCUUGGACUAGCAAGACUCGGAAUGCAUCCGUUGCAUCAGCUGUUCUUCGUAAUGACGGCAAUCUUGUUCUAUUGAAUGUAGAUAAAAAUCCUCUUUGGCAAAGUUUUGAUGCUCCAUGUGACACACUUCUCCCGGGGCAGAAUUUAUCAAUUCACCAAAUGCUUCGGCCUCCUAGCAGAAAUUCUGUGUCAAGUUAUUACAGUCUUUUUAUGAAUGGUUCAGGUCAGCUGCAACUUAGGUGGGAAACCAGUGUAAUUUACUGGUCCAAAGGAAAUCCUUCUCAAUCAACUCUCCAUGCAACAAUUAGCUCUGAUGGAACAUUUCAAUUACUUAACAAUAGAUCUCAAUCUGUUUGGUCUAUAUUUGGUGAAGAUCAUAAUGAUUCCGAUGUAAAGUUUAGGUUUCUUCGGUUAGAUGCUGAUGGCAACCUUCGAAUGUACUCUUGGAUAAAUUCUUCAAAAUCAUGGAGAUGUCCAUUUAAGGUGAAUGGUGAAUCUAACUCGAAAUGUUUGGUUCCAUAUCAGCAAAGUUGUGAAUCAGGUGGAUCUUUGAUUACAUAUGACCAUACAUUGUUGUAUGGAAUUUACCCAGCGAAUGAAACAGCUGUACGAACAAGUCUACAAAGAUGUAAAAACUUGUGCAACGAAGACAAAAAUUGCACUGCUGUGUCCUUCACAAAUGAUAAAAACCCACUGUGCCACAUUCAGAAAACACAAUACAUCGGUGGUAAGUUUGAUGCCUCUCUGAGUUCAAUAUCUUUUGUUAAGACUUGUUUGGAUCCAAUUGCUGGUUUGCCCAGAUUCCCCAAGUCCACUCCACCUUCCCAGGAAAGGAUUCUGCAGAAUUCAUCAUCUCCAAUUUGUAUUCCUUGUCUUGUUGGAGUUUCUGCCACUACAUUUGUCAUGUUUAUUUUGAUACAAUUUGGACUUGGUCUUUACAUAUUCAAGAGGAGGGCAAAAAUCAAGAAAAAAUCUACAAAAGCAGAUGUACGUCCAAUUACUGAAGGGUGCAUCACACUAUCCUACAGUGAAAUCAGGUGCCUCACAGAAGAUUUCAAGCACCAGAUUGGACCAAAGAUGUUCAGAGGUAUACUUCCCAAUAACAGGCCAGUUGCAAUCAAAGAGCUCAAUACAACUGUUGAACUGAGGAAGUUUAGAACUGCAGUUUCAAGAAUUGGAGGCAUCCAUCACAAGAACCUUGUGAAGCUGGAAGGUUACUGUAUUGAGUCGGGCCAUAGAUUUUUGGCAUAUGAAUUUGUCAGUAAUGGGUCGCUAGGGAAAUGUUUGGAAGACCCCAAGUUAUGCAAGAGUCUGACAUGGGGAAAGAGAAUGGAAAUUUCCUUAGAAGUUGCGAAGGCCAUUUCUUACCUGCACAGCGGGUGUAGAGACUUUGUGAGCCAUGGCAAUUUAAAAUGUGAAAAUGUUCUUUUGGAUGAUGACUUGGAAGCCAAGGUGACGGAAUUUGGACUGAGGACGAUUCUAUCUGAGGUUUCUGAAGUUGGGGUUAUGGCAGAGACCGAUGUGAGAGACUUUGGCAAUCUGUUGCUCGUAUUGAUCAGUGGAUACCAAAGUGCUGAAGUUUGUGAAUGGGCAUAUGAAAAAUGGGUGGAGGGUCAUGCUGAGACAGUGCUUGAUGCGCGGAUCUCAGGUGGGAUAAAUUCGGAAGACUUGGAGCACGCAUUACGCAUUGCAUUUUGGUGUCUUCAAGUUGAUGAUCGAAUGAGACCGUCAAUGGGUGAGGUAAUACAAGUUCUAGAAGGCACAUUGCCUGUUGAUCCUCCACCAAAUCCUUUUAACCUUCUCAGAGCGCCGAAAGAAUCUUGGGAAUCAGACGAAGCAACUGGACACCAAAGUGCUGAAGUUUGUGAAUGGGCAUAUGAAAAAUGGGUGGAGGGUCAUGCCGAGACGGUGCCUGAUGCGCGGAUCGAAGGUGGGAUAAAUUGGGAAGAGUUGGAGCACGCAUUACGCAUUGCAUUUUGGUGUCUUCAAGUUGGUAAUCGAAUGAGGCCGUCAAUAGGUGAGGUAAUACAAGUUCUAGAAGGCACAUUGCCUAUUGAUCCUCCACCAAAUCCUUUGACCUUUCUCAGAGCGCCGAAAAAAUCUUGGGAAUCGGACGAAGCAACUUAG